CCCUGUUAAUUAUUUAAAAUAUUCCCUAUUCUGAAGUAAGCAGUUCCUUGAAUAUUUCACAUGGUUAGUUAACAGUUAUGGGAACGUGGCGCCGUGUUUACCGUCUGACUGUUUUGUAUUUAUACCAAAACACAGAGAAAGACGGAGGACAGAAACAAGAGACAGUCGUUUAUAAACAAGAACCAAAACUGUUCCCUGUUGGAUUUCAGGACAUUCCAGCUCUUAAAACGGCUGCACCAUGUCCAGACAUGUGGUGAGUGUGCAGCCAAAGAACCGGGUCAAAGAGGCCGGAGCCUGGAGCACCGGACUGUGUGAGUGCUACAAAGACAUCGGAGACUGCUGCUUGGCCUGCUGUUGCCUCCCGCUGUUUACCUGUAAGGUAACGAACGCGGUCGGCGCCUGGCCCUGCCUGCCUCUGCUGGACUGCAUCAGCUGCGUUCCUCCGGCCUCUCUGGCCAUGAGGGCUUCGGUCAGGGAACGCUACGGCAUAAAGGGAAGCGUGUGGAGCGACUGCCUGUACGGAUGCUGCUGCUACACGCUAUCUUGGCUUCAGAUCUCCAGGGAGCUGAAAAGAAGAGCAGCAUCCCACGCCGCCUCCUCUCCGCCGGCCUCCUCCACAGUCAGAUACACUGCUCUGACCUCCCUGCAGGGGGCGCACUUGGUCUAGACGCCUCGGGGAAACUUUCUUUCCCUGAUGGCAGGAAGUCAGGAUUUAAUCACACUUCAUUUGGCCUGCAGGGACAUAACAGACAAAAGUCCAGUUUGUUCAAAUUAUUUAAACUUUAUUUAAAGUCUUUCUGUUUUUUCUAUACUGUUUGGAUUCUUUAUAGCAAAAAAAUUUUUUUCUUUGGUCAAAGUGUCUCUAAUAAAUAUUACUUGUGAAUAUAUUGCGUAAGUAGUCUGCAAAUAAAUAUGCAGAACUAUUUUUGUUCCUAGUAGCAGGUUCAUAAAAAUGUUCACUUUGUUGCUUGAAAGACCGAAUCAGGUAUUUGUGUUAAAUUUAUUCUUUAGGGAAUUGCUCUGCUCUGAAAACUCACAGAAACUGUUUUUAUUUCAGGAAUAUGCUUCAAAUCUUUGUUUGCUUAAUAAAUUUUUUUUGUCUCAAUUUCAGUUUGCAACAUAUCUUGAAGCUGUAAUAAAAACCUUGAUUUAUACAAAUAAUGCAGAAAAAGAGGCUAAAUGUUUUUGUAAGCAUCUGAAACAAUGAUAGAAAUUGAAUUUUAAGAUUUUACCCUAGUUUCUAAUAACAAUGUAAAUAAAUAUAAUCGCGUCGGUGGAAAACUCUUUGAACAAAAUAGUUUUUGUGUCAAACUCAGUUGAAGUUGAGAGAUCAGUUGUUGUGUGGAACAAAAACCAUGAGUUGUUCUGGAAGUUCAUGUUUUACUCAAACACGUUUCUCCAUAUUGUGUUCUUGGUGUAGCAGGGCUGUUAUGGCGCCCCCUUGUGCUGGCGGAAGUCUCUAGCAGUUCAACUCGGAUCUAAAGUGUUUUAUGUUUGUCACUACCUAAAGGAUUUUACUUAAAAUAUGGUUAGCAGAGAAACUGAGACGGACAUAAAUAAAACUAACAAACUGAAGCUAAAUGUUCAGAUAUUUCUGUCCCAGUUAGACACUGAUGCAAAGCUAGCUAGCAAGUUAUAAAAAUAGCAGUUUAAAAGUCACACAAACUUCAGGUGCU